AUGGCCUUCAUCCGUAAGUUCUGGAAGAAGCCUUCCAAGCAGCCUGAGGGCCCCCUCCCCGUCAACCCGCACCAUGAGCGCUUCGCCCUCGAGUCCCUCGAGUCCACGCAAAAGAGCAGUGAGAGCGGCAAGAGUCAAGACCACCACAAGUCCCACGCCACGGGACAGAACAGGUCCAUCGCCAACCCUUAUGACUGGCCCAGCAGGAACCAGCAGCGGCCUGUCUACCAGCCCCCUGCUGACCUGUACUCCCAGCGCACCGACACCAAGAACGUCCCCACCAUGACGGCACCCGAGGCCCGCGGGCAUGCUCUGUUCCAGGCCUAUGCAGAUGGCAUAACGACAGCACACGACCGUGUGCAGUUUGCCGCUAACUUGCGCCUCCUCCAAGAGGCCGAGGAGAGGCGGGCGAGGACUGGUGUCUCGGGGCGCGAUGCCUACAUGAUGGCGGGGUGCCGUUCUCCUUCUUGUUCUUAUUCUCCUCUUCCUCCUCCUUCUGCUGUUGUUCAUCAUGGUGGCUCGCCUAAGCUGAUCAGCUGGGCCCCGAGUGGGACGCCCUCUUCGCCUAUGUCGGUGGAUCUUGGUGAGUAUCGCCCCAAGGAGCAGGUUAACAAAGUUGUUGUGCGCAGGUUCAUGGCUCAUUGUGAUGAUGACGACGACGAUGAUGAUGACAACAAUGCGGCAUGUGCUAACGAAGAUGGUAGUAACGAUGGAUAUUUCCCUUCUCUUGAGAGCCCGUCCCCGACAAGCCACACGGUGACUUCCGCCGCUGGGAACUGGGGCGUUUCUUCACCUUCAUCUUCUCCUCAGCGCCCACCGCGUGCUCUCCUGAGCCAGCAGAGGAGCAACGCCACUGUGACUCUCGCUUCUGCCUCCUCCACCUCCACGUCCUCGGCGGCGACAAACAAUCCACCCCCGCGAGACCUCGUCGGCCCUCGUCUGGAGGCCUGGCACUGCCUCACAGGCGCCAUCCCUCCUUCCGUCACGACCAAGACACAAUACCAACAACAAGACACCACCAGCGGUGGUAAGUCCAGCCAAGCUUGCUCUGCCUCCGGCUCUUACCCCUCAUCUGGGCCCGCGUCGGGUAAUCAGGGAACUGACUAUCCCUCCAAGGCCCGCAAGGCAGGCCAACCCACGCGGAUCGAGAUGCCCAAGAUGCCUUCGUACAGGGGUGUCGACAUCUGUGCGGCUGAUGCGCCCAAGAGGAGCGAGACGUCUACAAAGACGAGUGUGACGCCACCGUCAAAGAGGAGUGAUAGUCCUCCAACAACAACAAAGAGGAGCUCGACUCCGAAAAGAAGCGAGGCGCUUGCUAGGUGGGAUGAGGCGUACCCCCACUAG